GCGGCGGGAGUGCGAGGCGACCGUCGAACAUCUGUCACCGCGCGGCGAAGUGCAGUGCAGUGCGCCAGCCAGUCAGCCAGCCAGUCAGCCCCCGUCGAGUCCCCCGAAAACCGCGGCGCACUGUCAUGGCACCCGCUUUUGUGAUUUUUUGAGAGACGCAGCGCACCGCGGGGCUACCGUACACAAACACAGGCGUGACGAGACACGGGACGGCACGGCACGGCACGAUACGCGCGCACGUACGCACGCACGCACGCACGCACACGCGAGCUCGCAGCCCCCGCAGUCGUCGUCGUCGUCGUCGUCGUCGCGCGCGGCGAUCCUCGCACGGAUUACAGGCGGAAACCACCCUUCCCUCGCGCACGAGAUAAUAAACCAUGAGCUCAGGCAGACCGAUAAAGUGCGUGGUGGUGGGAGAUGGGACGGUGGGGAAGACCUGCAUGUUGAUAUCCUACACGACAGACAGUUUUCCCGGGGAGUACGUACCCACCGUGUUCGACAACUAUUCCGCGCCAAUGGUCGUCGAUGGGAUUCCGGUUAGUCUAGGAUUGUGGGACACAGCGGGGCAGGAAGACUACGACAGACUGCGUCCACUCUCGUAUCCUCAGACCGACGUGUUUCUUAUUUGUUUCUCGGUAACGAGCCCCUCGUCGUUCGAGAAUGUCACCAGCAAAUGGUACCCUGAAAUAAAACAUCACUGCCCAGACGCACCAAUGAUACUCGUCGGAACUAAAAUAGACUUACGAGACGACCGUGAAACGCUUACUGCCUUAGCUGAACAGGGCCUUAGUGCUAUUAAGCGUGAACAGGGACAGAAGCUGGCAAACAAGAUACGCGCGGUAAAAUACAUGGAGUGCUCCGCCCUUACGCAGCGUGGACUUAAGCAGGUGUUCGACGAGGCGGUACGCGCCGUCUUGAGACCCGAGCCGCAGAAACGUCGGCAAAGAAGGUGCAUUAUGUUAUAAACGACGAAAGGAAUUGAAGGGAAUCAUAGGUAUACACGUACAUAAAGCAACGGAUCAAAAUGAAUUUGAUCACGCAAAGAAAUAAUAUGAAUGUUUUAAAGAGAAGACGAAUAGAGUACACGCAUUUUAACGAAUUAUUCUCUGGCAGCUAUAGGAUAUACCAUAUUACGGAAAGAGUACAACUUAAAAACCUCCUGGUCUCAAUGCGAGUCGUGAUGCUAAUUCACGACCAGAAAGUUUAGACAACGAGAAAGUAAGAGAGAGAGAGAGAAAAAAAAGAGGAUAGAAUAAAUAUUUAGUAGCAGUUUGCAGGAGGAAGUUUACGAGUUACAAGCUUGCAGGUGUCUUUCCUUUUCAACUUGCAUUUAUACAUACAUAUAUUUGCAUAACGAUAAAAGGAUAUGUGACCAUAGUAACGUGCAGUCAAUAGUUUAGCGGAAAACGGCUCAUGAAAUUUUUGUGUGUUCUACGAGAGAAUCUCUGUUAAUUAAUGUUGCAGUCCUGCAAAGAAUCGAUAAUACAGUGUAAAUGUGCUGUGAUGAUUAAAAGCAUUAAGUACCGAAGCUUUACUUAUCAGGGCUGCCAGAUUUUCGACUUUUUUACAUUUACAAUAGUAGGAACAUUGAUUUUAGUACAUAUAACGCGAUAGCUAAUCGUGACAGUGCUGUAAAGUUUUACGGGAUGUCGUAAGGCUAGCAUCAUAGAAUUAUUUAAACAUGCAGUGCCAUAGCAACGAAAAAUCAAAUAAAUUUUACAAGCACUCUUCAAUCAAUCAGUUCUAGACAAUAUAUAUAUAUAUUUUACUAACAAAUACGGAAAUUUUUAAAAGAUAGCCAGAGAAAUUGGUGUGCAUAAUGGUUCUUUAGACAGAGAUAGCAUGUUUGUCUUUCCAUUCUUUGGGGCAUUUGAGAUUUUUAUUUUUAUCAAUACUUCCGAUAAGAAAUGUAUAGUAUGCAUACAGAAUACUGCCAUAAGAUAACAUGACAUGGACAUUUUAUAGUAUUCCUGAUAUUAGAGAAGGAAAACGCGAUCGUCUUACGUAAUAUUUACACUUGACAAUGAUGCACACGAGACAUUUGUUAUUUAGAAUUGUAACGCGUCUGUGUUGAAAGGCAUAAUAACGUAUUACGCAUUAAUAUUUAUUUUACUUGGAUAAAUAAAACUGAGAAUAUUUUAAUAUGAUUUUAUACGUGUGAUUGCAGGAUUUCAAUUUAAUCGCUUUCUAUUUUCGACGUGGCAUUUUUCGUUUGGGCUUGGUGAUGAGAUUUUAGUGUUGCACAUUUUUGCAAUUGCUGCAACUCGACUUGUUAAUUAUUAUACGAAUUCACACGUAAAUAUUCUUUACUAAAGUAACAAUCAAAAGAAGUGUAGCAGUUGAUAAAACUCUGAUAACAAAUACACAGCACACAAUGCAAAGUCCAUCUAAAUUGAAAUAUAUAAAUAUAUAGCACAAUGUAUUUUCUUAAAUACCAUAGUACAUCUCACUCUCUUCCAUUUAUUUGUAUGAAAAUUAUUUACAUAAAAAUUACGGGGGAAACUAGUGCGAUGAUUUAGAGAUAUAGAUAUCUUGUACAAAUGACUAUUGCUAUAAAGUUAAGUCCAUAUCAUUGUCUCUAAUUCAUUAUCUUAUUAAACGAUCAUAAUUGGGAUUGCAUUUCCUUUACGGAUCUUUCUUUUUUAUGUUUAGCUAAAGAAACUCAAGUUUUGUCAAUACCGAUAUUAUAUAUGCUCACUAAAAACUCAAUGGUGAACUGAUAAAAUGGAUUAUCUUCGUGGUCGUGCUUUUUUAUUUUUUUAUUUGAAAGCUAGGGAUAGAGAAAAGAUAGGACCUUUGUGCCAUAUGUUUUCCAUUUAAAAAAAAACAUACAUUAAAUACCAUGCUCCAAUUAAACUUUAUAUUCUAAAUGAAUUCCAAAAUAAUUUACAAUAUUUCAAAAUUACAUCGAAAGAGGAACAUUUAAUACCAGAGUGGCUGAGAAUGAGUAACUAUUUGAAGGAAUGAUUUUGCAUCCUAGUUUUGUAAAGGAAGACGAGCAAUUUCGAAACAAUGAAAAUCAUAAAUUUUGCUCUUAUAAUCUGCACCAUUAACAUUAAUUAGUUUACAAAUGCGAAUUUUACGGUUGCAUGAGAAGGCUUGGCGAUCAAUGAUCGUUUUGGCUGUUCUAGUCUGAAAAUGUUAUAAGGAGCAAACGAAAAGGCAUAUUACAGCUUACUAGGUGUACAUAAUGUAGCAUAGAAGCAUACUCUAAAUUUCAAUCGAAUCUGUAUCUUUUAAGGUGUUACUUUGUGUUUUCCUUACUCUUGAAAUCUUUAUGCGCCAACGGGUCUUAUCACGCAGUCACUUGAUUAAUUAAAAUGCUACAGUUAAUGUCUGUCUUUUGUUUGAUUUGUGUGACACAUGUUUGACAUGAAAUAUAAUAAUCGCAAAAUAAUUAUGUAUAUAAUUAUUUGGCGAUAAAUAUAUAUAUAUAUAAUAUAUUUAUAUAUCUAUUUUCGAAAAUUACGAGAGAAUUAAUUGCUAGAAUAUUCCCUAAAUUUAAAGUGUAUGUCUUAAAUGAUCAACUCUAGCAACUCUUUUAUCUUCGUUUAUUGCAAUUUCUGAUAGUUUAAACUUUUGAUAUGUAUACUCCUGCGUAUGUAUAAUACAAUUCAUUAGUUAAGCAUAAUAUACUACGAUUAUGUAUUAUAGUGUAAUGCAUAGAUCGCAUUUUUUGUAAGUAGUGCACUUAUCUUACAAAUUUCCAGGUACUUACUACUGGCGCGUUUGUUUUCUUAUGCAAAUUGAAUUGCCAACAACGAUGUAAUUACAUGUCAGUCUUAUUCCGAUCUUUUGUACAAGGCGCUCAAUGUUAUUUACAACUUCUAAAACUGAACACAUUUAGUUACAGAAUUAAAAUAUUAAAAUAUUAAAAUAACGAUAACAUCGCCAACAGGAUGGGCACAUUACUUUGCAGUGUGUUUGCUGCCUGUAUUUCCCGGUCAUAAGCUUUAAUUUGGGCAUGAUGUAAUUUAAAUUACACUACUUACAACUUUUGCAUUAAACGGAGAUCGAAUUACUUUCUCAUCUUUCCCCUUUUUAACGAAAUUAUUGAGGGAUUGCUAUGAACCAAAGUUAUAUAUUACAAUUUAAGAUAACAUCUAUGUUUUUUAAUAUGGACUAUUGCACAUAAGUAUAAAAAGAAUGAAUGUAUGAAAUGUAAAGAUAAUCUAGUCAUCACGAAUCUGCUUUUAACUUUUAUUUGUGUACGUGAAUAAUGCUCUCAGAUUGCAGAUAUUAAACAAAAUAUAAUCCUUAAACGGAGCGAUUUAGCGUGUAAAUGCGGCGAAACGGGAAAUGAGGACAGAAAGAAAAGGGGAUAUGAAAGUAAAGAUGCAACUUAAAUACUGUCAAUUUAGGUAGAAUGCAAGGAAAACCAAACGAUGGGAGUAGAAAUUCUGUAGAAAUUACGAAUAUAUGUAUAUGUACUAGGAUAUGUAACUUUAAUUAUGAGUAAUUUAUAAACAUUUGUCUAUUUUCGUAUAUAUAACAGAAUUCGUUAUUUAUAUACUCAGAGGACAGCAUAAGAGAGAGAUAGAUGAGAGCGAGAGAGAGAGAGAAAGAAAGAGAGAGAAAGAGCGUCCCGUCGCUUUUACAAAUUUUUUAAAUCUGUACUGAUUUACAAACUUACAACAAUGAGAUACCUCAUAUUAAUUUUGUAAAUUUACUUUACAAAAAAAAAUGUACGUUUCUACAACCGAUGUACUUUCCAUGUUUAAUGCACUCUUUUGCUGUCGACCUGAUAGCGAAUCGGUAAUAAAUAGUGGCCUCGAAAUUAACUUCGAUUAUCUCGUUUUCCUCGUGGAAAAAUUAUGCAUUAACAAUGACAAUUGCAAUGUGAGUAACAUGACUGCAUAAACGCAUAUUCUAUAUGGCACUAGGAAGCAUUUAUUUUUUAUUUACAUGUAUUUUGAAAACAACUUUUUCAAAUAAACGAUACAGUAAAAUCAUCA